UAGAAUAUAAACAAUCUUAAUGAUAUCAGUMGUCAGAUGUUUAUUUGAUCUGAAUGUUAAUAACUGAGUAUUUUUCUUUCUGCUAUUGGACACAGGAUGUUGACAGAUGGCCUUGGGUUAUGKGUUUGAUUGGAUUGUAACAGUCAAGACGUUAUCCCUGUGAAUCACAAGGCAUUCCUAUACGCUGCGGGAUGGUGGUGAGGAKGUGGACAGAACCCAGUCACAGCUGGUCAGAGUGGUGAGAUGGGACAGGCAACAACAAUGAUGACCGCUAUGUCCUGUCCAGGGUUACACUUGGGGUGGGGGUAGGCGCUCAGAAGUCGGUUAGAUUGGAGGUAGGGAGAUACGGAGGAAYCAAGGAAUGAGUAGAAGGGAGGGAUGCAAUGGAUGGAAUCCUUUUGUGAGUACUUUGUCUAGAGACCAGUGGUGAGAGAUGGGUUAUUCUGAAACCAGUAUAGCUGUGAUGUKAUUUGCUGAUGAUGAUAUUUGAUUGACAGGUGAAGCUAGAGGAUGCCUUGGCCGCCAGGGAGAACUCAAUGAUCAAUGACAUCAGAAAAGAUGAGAGUGAUUUCAGUCCCAGACCUGAGGACAGUGUCAUUGGUGUCCCAGAGCAGCCUCCUGCUGAGCAGGAUGUCACCUGGUUGAAACCCUGGAGGAGCCACAGGCAGGCACCUGAUCAAGGUGAUUCUCCAAGUGCCUUGCAGAUUGCCAACAGAACCCACAUGGCCAUGACGAUUAUAUCUCCUUCGCCUCCCACAACCGUCGACAUUGGUGACCUGAGUGAUGUCCUGAACUUCACACCUGAGCUCCACUUUAUCCCAGCCCCCAUUGCCAUGGUGGAAGUCGACACCCCCCUUGAAUCUUUAUCCCCACCUGUCUAUUCAGAGGACACCCUAGAUGCCACCAUCGUGAGCAGCUUUGAACCUGUUGCUGUCCCCAUCCUUGAACCUCUGGUUGUCCCCAUCGUGAGCAUUCUUGAACCCGUGGAAGUCCCCAACGUGAAUGUCCACAUCGUGAGCAGUUUUGAACCUGUGGAAGUCCCCAACGUGGAUCUCCCCAUCAUGGAUGUCACCAUUGUGAAUAGCCUUGAACCUCUGCAAGCCCCAAUUGUGGAUGCACCCAUCGUGAGCAGCCUUGAACCUGUUGAACAUGCGGAUGCCACUGUCAUUAAUGACCUUGAUAUCCCGAAUGCUCCAGUUGGCUUAGAGAACCUGGAUGCCCCAGUCAUCAACAGUCUUGACACACUGGUGCUGGAUGCCCUCAUUGUAAACAGCCUUGAACCUGUGGACAUCCCUGUCAUCAAUGACCUUGACACUCCAGAUACCCCCAUCGUAAAUGUUCUUGACACCCUGGAGCUGGAUGCUCCCAUCAUAGACGUCCCCAUCGUGGACAGCCUUGCACCUGUGGAAUUCCCCAUCAUGAAUGACAUUGACCUCCUGGAGGCCCCUGCGGAGUUCAGCUCCAGCUUUAACCCUCAGCUUGAAGUAGAGGUUCAUGUGGAUGGUGAGGACCAGAACCAGGGGCUUUCCCUGUGUGUCUGACCCCAGCAUACCUAUGAGAUCAUUGGGGAGCCCAAUCCUGAUGAACACUCUGUGGAAGUGGACCUGGCAACCCCAAGCUCUCAAACCAUAGCUGAACUGGUCAAUAAAUCCACCACACAUUCUGACGAUGACACAACCACAGUCACCGAGCCAGCGGACCUGGCAAGCACAGGCUAUGAGACUAUAGCUUAACUGGUCCAGGAUUCGAGUGCAACCACACUGCCUGACGAUGACCCUAUCACAACCCCAGUCACAGAGCCAGGGGAUCUGAUAACCCCUGGGUAUGAAACCAUAGCUGAACUGGUCCAUAAAUUGAGCGCAACCAGACUGCCUGACGAUGAGCCAAUAACAACCACAGUCACAGAGCCAGAAGGGCUUGACCUUACAAGCCCUCUCUCAUUGGUAGAGGAGGGUUUCUGUGACAGGGGGUGGAAUCCAAUGUACGCUAGAGUGAGAAGGAAGCUUAGUAAAAGUACCACGCCACCCCCUGUGCUUCCAUCGGAGGAUGAGGAACCGGAGGGAUUUUCACCUCCAUUACCAGAGAAGUGGAGGGAUGAUCAUCGUAGAAUAUCUCAUAAGACUUCAAAUGUGUGUUACGUCAUAAAUUAUAUUUAUAUAGACUCAACUGUGCCAUUUCUAGAUGUAACAUGUCUCAGAUGAUGAAGAUAAGGGUUGUACCCAGUCCACAUCUUAUACGAUCUCAUGAGACAGGUAUCUAUCUCACUGUCCUAUCCUUCUUAUACACUAUUUCCAGUCCUUUCAUUAGCUUUGCAUUAAACUCCGUACAAUGCUAUGCUACAUAUUCCAUAAGGAAGGACCCUAAGCCCAGAGUAGAACUGGGUCACCUAACAUGUUCCAGAGUAGGCUUUAUGUUUGUAUUUACUAACACAUUACAGGGUGAAGUGGCAAUUACACAGUAAUAAAGCAUUGAGUUACUGGUUUCUUUGAGAUUCAUUCAACUUGGUCCACUUAAGACUCGUUCCCUCUCUAGAAUUACAAACAUUAUACUUUAAUGACAAUAGUGGUGCAUUCUUAAUAAAUAAUUCAUGUAUAUCAACAAAUUAAAUGGACAACAUUAUGGGUGUGUCUGAAUACCCAUACUUAAAUAGAAGGCUUUUUGGGUAUGCAAUUUUUAUUUAUAGUAUGUGUCAUUUAGAAAAUGUAGUAUGCUUUAAGUGCAAGAAUGUCAUACUAAUUUUGGCUUUAAAUCAAUUAGAAUUUGCGCAUAGAGAAUGACAGAGGACUCCAGUGGCCAAAAACUUGUUUUAUCAUGGGCAUUGAGGAAUUUCACCAUUUUGAAGUAGUUAACUGGGUGGGACUUCCUAUGGGUUAAGGAAGGCUCAUAUAAUUCCAUCCAGGUCCAAGGAUGGAUCAGCCAUUYAAUUUUACUUGUGCGCAAACAUUCCAUGACUGUAGGGGCAGUAAAUCGCCAACCUUGGCUUUAUACCUGUUCAGACAACACACUCCGGAUGGCAGUACGCAACCUUUCAGUUUGUUUACCAACUGCACUAAAAUGUACUACUUUAAAAUGGAGAUGGCCUCAAUGGCGCUGCCCAUGCUCUCACAGACGCCAUAAUGGGACAGGUACAAUGUUGUGUCCUCUAACUAUCUCUAUGAAUUUGCUGCACACUAUUGAGGAAGAUAAUUGUCUUUUCACACAAGUAUUUGACAACAGCUGAUAAACAGAAUAGGGGACAUGCUCUACAAAAAUGUACAAAUAGCAGGGAACAAGCGCGUUUGAGCAUUAGAUGACGCCAUUUCAUUAUGGCUGAGUGGUAUGUUGAUAUUUGUUGCUUACUGCAUACAUUUUUACUAAACAGUACAUUGUAAAUAGUAUGUUGUACUAUUAAUACACAGUAUGUAGUUUUAGUAAAUAGUAGGCAUUUCCAUUUAUUUAUUCAAAGCUUUACAGGCGAGGGGUAAAACCAAUCAUUUAGAAUUGAUGUACAAUAUAACUAUAAAUUCAGUGUUAUAAAAUGUCUAUUGUCAUUAUUAGAGCAUAUAGGCUGAGCAGAAUGAAAUACAAGGACAGAUGUAAUACACCAUUACAAUAUCACAUUAGAAAAUCUGUAACCUCAUUCAUUACAACAAUUUAAUUUGAAAUUAAACAUUUCAGAAUUCCAAUUCAAAAUAUUGUGUAAGCGCUUCUGUGUGCAGAUGCAAUUAAUUUUUCUCACCACAGUGGGGAAGUACAACUCACUAUCUCUUACUGGAUUUCUCUGUCAGUGGAAAGUGAGAUGCCAAAGAAUGUGCCACAUUCAGCCCCUCUAAAACCCUGCUGGAUACUGUGCAUUCCUUCUGAGGAAGGGUGGGGACACUGCUAGAACUGUGGUCAGGAAAUGAAACUUAAAUACACAUCCCUAGCACAUACCUUUUAAAAGUAGGCAUUGAGAGAAAAAUAUGCCUUUUGUUCAACUAUUAUAGCAUGCCCAUAAGCCUUGUUGAAAUAAGUGAAGUCUUUGAGCUGUGUAACUCUAGACAACUGGGAAAUCGGGAAUAAAUUAGCUCCGACUGGGAAAAAACAUUUUGAACGGUCAUCCAACUCAGAAUUGUAAAUCCGGCCUCUUUCUAGAGCU